AUGCAGGGUGCAUGCAGGGUGAUUAGCCACCUCCCUUUUGUCUCCAGGCUGGUCUUUGGCGGCUUGCUUCCAGCUGGACCCCCUUGCUCGCUGUACGUAUCCAUCAGCCAGUCAGUGCACCAGCGUAGCGCUGACAAUUUGCGAGGCAAUUUGAACUGCUUCAAGGUUCGGCUUUCGAAUUUGAUUGUGGACAACUUUGUUGUCAUUCUCAAUUUGGUGGAGAUUUUCCGCCCAGACAUCAAGCUGGUAUUGGAGCAACCAAUUUCAUCGUACAUGUUCAAGCAAGUCGAUUUUGCUGCCAUCAUAAGCAAGCUGAACUUGCGAAAGGUACUGACGUACCUAGGACUGUAUGGACAUGAUUUGGAAAAAGCCACGCACCUAUGGCUGAACGUUCGCAGGGGCAGCCGCUUGGCAAGGACAAUGAAUGCCAAAAACAAAAGGCGCUUCCAGACAAGGAUUGAGAAAAAAAAGGAGAGAAUCUUGUCUCGUGGGGGCACUUUGCCUGUAUACUACGUGAAGGACAAAAAUGGUGGCUAUCAUGGUGGCCCCGACUUGGCAGGGUCAGUGCAUUAUCCAGCAGGAUUUGUGAGUGCGGUGUUCCGGCUUUGGGAAACCGCCUGGAUUGAAGACCACCUCAGGCAAGCUCGCUUGAAGCGAGCUUUGCCACAAUGA